UGGAAUGGACCUUGUGUCAGCAUCCUAGAAACUUCAUCUGCUAGCUCCCUUUUUAUUUCAGAAUCUCCUUCAACUUCUUGUAUAAAUUCCCUUCCUAUAUUCUUUCAAAAAAACAAAACAAUUCCUACUACAAAUAUCACCACAUCCCAAAAUUAUAUUAAACAAUUAUAUAUAUAAGCUCAAAGAAAAUGGUGAAAGAAAGAAGCAAAUGUAUGGUCAUGCUAAAGCAUAUAAUGGGAAAGCUCAAGAAUCUUCUUCAAUUAAUUCUCAAAUUUGAUGUUGUGGAAUUUGUUGAAACCCCAAGAGCAAAUGAUGAAGAAGUAGUACCCAAUGAUGUAAAAGAAGGAUAUUUUGCUGUAUUAUCAGUGAACGCAGAGGAAGAGCCAAAGAGAUUUGUUGUGGAACUGCAUUGGCUCACAAAUCCUUCAUUCUUGAAAUUACUCAAACAGGCAGAAGAUGAAUAUGGAUUUGAACAAAAAGGUGUUCUUGAAGUUCCUUGUCGUGCCGAGGAAUUACAAAAGAUUUUGGAAUUCAAGAUUGGAGUUGCAGUUUAAUUGUUUGGAAACUAAGAUACAUCAGAUAUAUUGUCCAUUAUAGUUUAGGUUAAAUUUUCAACUGUUUUUUUGUUUGUCUAGUUUUGACUUUGUUAUAAUGUUGUCUAAGCGAUUAUGUUAAGUAAAGAAUUUGUUCGCUACUAUAUAAAGUAUUUAACCUACGUCCAAUAACAGGUAAUUUUUCAUAUCAGACUUAAUAUAAUAACCUGAAAAUAUUAUUAAUA